UUGAUCUUUGUUGUGGACAGCAACGACCGUGAAAGGGUCAAUGAAGCCCGCGAUGAACUGAUGCGCAUGCUUGGAGAAGAUGAACUUCGGGACGCAGUGCUUUUAGUGUAUGCAAACAAGCAAGACCUUCCAAAUGCAAUGGCUACUUCUGAGCUAACAGAUAAAAUUGGCUUACAUUCUUUACGACAUCGUUCGUGGUAUAUCCAGGCCACAUGCGCAACUUCCGGAGAAGGUCUUUACGAAGGUUUAGAUUGGCUCAGCAAUCAGCUAAAAAAUAAAUCUAGGAAAUAG